CAAUGGUGAUGCCCUUGGCCGUACAAACUUACAGAGAUCAGACAUCUCGACGUGUAUGUUGAGUUGAAGCGAGGAGAGAGAGAGAGAUCUGAGCACUGUGUGGUUGGGGUUUUACCGGUUCGAGGAAUAAACUGUGCAUUCAAAUCCGAUCAAGUCUUUGAAGAAAGACCUUCCAGAUUCGACUUCAACGAAGAAGAAGAAGAAGUUCGAUUCAUUGUUACACAAUUCUUCUAAACCCUUACACGAAGCUCCUCUAAUUUCUUGACAUUGAGGAAUCGAUACUGUUAAAGGCGCAUCACCCGAUCGGUUUGGUUUUCUUUUUCAAGGUCUCUCUCUCUCUCUCCCUCUCUCUCGACUGUUUUUAGUAAACUGAGCUAGCUAGCUAGCUAUAUGAGUACGUAGUUGGAUCUAGUAAGAUAUGAAGUUGAAAACUGGAUAUUUCAAUGUGCACAGAGUGUCAUCUCAUAUCAUAAAAAAACCUAACUCAAUUUCCAGAUCUCUCUCUGUGGAGAGUCUUUUUUAAUUGCAUUGUUGCUCUUAUCUUGAACUAAAGAUUGACUGUAGAAGACUGAUGAAAUGAAAGGAAAAACACCUUUUUGAUACUACUAAAGAGGAGCACAGAAUCAAUGGAAGAUUGGUCUAAGUAUAGUCACAGUCCAGCUCAUGUAGCUGUGGUUCGUCGUGAUCAUGCUGCUUUAAAAAGAAUGAUCUUAAACCUUCCUCGGUUAUCAAAAGCUUCUGAAGUGAAUACCGAACAAGAAUCUCUUGAUGCAGAGAUUAAGGCAGAUGGAAUAUCUGCUGUCAUUGAUCGUAGAGAUGUUCCGGGAAGAGAAACCCCUCUGCAUCUUGCAGUUCGUUUGCGCGAUCCUGUUGCGGCCGAGGUUCUAAUGGCUGCUGGUGCUGAUUGGAGUCUUCAAAAUGAGAACGGAUGGAGUGCUCUACAAGAAGCGGUUUGUACCCGGGAGGAGAAUAUUGCUAUGAUUAUUGCUAGACAUUACCAACCUCUAGCUUGGGCUAAAUGGUGCCGUCGUCUUCCGCGAAUUGUGGCUUCUGCUUCUCGAAUUCGCGAUUUCUAUAUGGAGAUAACGUUUCACUUUGAGAGCUCUGUUAUUCCCUUCAUAAGUCGUAUUGCUCCAUCUGAUACCUACCGGAUUUGGAAACGUGGCUCUAAUCUUCGUGCAGAUAUGACUCUUGCUGGCUUUGAUGGGUUCCGCAUUCAAAGAUCUGAUCAAACUUUCCUUUUCCUUGGAGAGGGAUAUUCAUCUGCUGAUGGAAGGAUAACUUUGCCACCGGGUGCUUUGCUUGUAUUGGCUCACAAGGAGAAGGAAAUCACAAAUGCUUUAGAGGGGGCUGGUGCUCAACCAACUGAAUCCGAAGUUGCUCAUGAAGUGACUUUAAUGUCCCAAACGAAUAUGUACAGGCCGGGGAUUGAUGUCACUCAAGCUGAGCUCGUGCCCCAUUUAAAUUGGAGGAGACAGGAGAGGACUGAGAUGGUUGGAAAUUGGAAGGCUAAAGUCUAUGAUAUGCUUCAUGUAAUGGUGAGUGUGAAAUCAAGGCGUGUUCCUGGUGCAAUGACUGAUGAAGAGCUUUUCUCUGUCGAUGAUGAGGACAAGACGGCAACUGGAGGUGAAUAUGAUGAUGUAUUAACAGCUGAAGAAAGAAAACAGUUGGAUUCUGCACUUCACAUGGGUAACAAUGAUGGUUUCUGUGAGGAGGAUGAAAAUAGUUUUCAGGAUGCACAUGAAGGCAGUGAUGGAAGCUCCGAAGCAAAUGGAGUUUCCAAGGAGAAAAAGAGUUGGUUUGGUUGGAACAAGAAAAACAGCACAAAGCAGCAUGGGGGUGGUGAUGAUCCUGAUGAUUCUAAAACACUGAAGAAAUCUAAUGGUGAGUUGACCAGGGAGGACUCUGGGAAUAAUGUUAAAGGGGGUAAAGACAAAAAUGGGAAGAAGAAAAAGAAGAAAACGGGUACAAGUGAAACUAAAAAUGAGAGCGAGUAUAAGAAGGGUGUGAGACCUGUACUAUGGUUGACCCCAGAUUUUCCUCUUAGAACAGAUGAGUUGUUACCGUUGCUUGACAUCUUAGCCAACAAAGUUAAAGCUAUUAGAAGACUGCGGGAGCUUCUUACUACCAAACUACCUCAAGGCACUUUCCCUGUCAAGGUUGCUAUCCCAAUAGUCCCGACCAUUAGAGUUCUAGUCACGUUCACAAAGUUCGAAGAGCUUCAACCGAUUGAGGAGUUCACAACACCACCAUCAAGUCCCAUGCAUUUUGAGGACGCCAAGUCCAAGGAAACGGAAGGGUCAAGUUCAUGGAUGUCAUGGAUGAGAGGAGGGAACAAAGGCGGGCAGUCUAGCGAUGGAGAAAGUCGCAGUUUCAGAGACGAUCUCGUUGAUCCUUUCAACAUACCAUCUGAUUAUGUGUGGAUUGAUGCCAAUGAAAAGAAGCGUCGUAUGAAAGCAAAGAGAGCCAGGAACAGAAAACAGAGGAAACACACCCCAGCCAGAAAUGCAGAUUUAGAAGAAUAAAAGAAGAAGAAAAACGUGUUUUCUUUUUUUCUUAUUUUAGGGUUCAUACAAGAAGAACUCCCGCUUGGUUUGGGCGGGGAGGGGGCAAGAGUCGGAACUCCUCCUCCCUCCAUUGCUGAGACUAGACCUUGGGAAAUUGUUUGAUCCAUUUGUUAUAUUAAUAUGUAAGGUGUGAAAAUGAUGGAAGAUUCUAUCUAGUGUUUCUUUCUUUUCUUUUUUUGCUUUGAAUUUCCUUGGGCAAAAGAAAUAUUAGUCUCUCAGUGUGACUACUACUAUCUGAUUCUGUUGAAAGGGUAGUUAGAUGGGUGAGGGACAAUUUGUAUAAUUGGAACAUCUUCUUAUCAUUGUGUUCAUUAAGUUUUGUGUUUAAUACUCAUUCAACCUUAA